CUUAAAUGUUGCUAUUCACCACGUCAAUCUUGAUUUAAAGUCAUGGCCUGUGGAUGACGAUGAUCAAGGAAGUGCUUAUGAUGGUAGUGGCACGACUGGGACGCAUCAACGAUACAUUUCUAAUGUGAUUGAAGAGACUAUCGUAGACCCCCAAACGGCAGACCAAACUGUUGAUCUAUCGUCAUCACCUUCUUUAAUGUCCCCAUCUAUUGAAGUUACACCACCAGCAGAAUCACAAACAAAACGGCAACCACUUUCAGCACCUCCAUCAUUAUAUUCCAAUGGAUCAGACUCAGAAGAUUUUGAUAGAGAUACAGAAUGGGAGACAAUAACAUCAGUCAACGAAACAUACGUGAAUGUGGACUCAAAUGAGGAUUCAGCAAAAGGUCCACCUACUGGUAAGCUGUCGAUAGCUACCGGUUUAUCGAAUGCAGCAAAGAAGGUUACUGGCGUUUGGGAAGGUUUCGCUAAUGAUGUUGGAAACCCAAAUACUCUUAAUGUUAAGGAUCCAAUUGAAAAGAAGCAGAAGUAUGAACGAGGUCAACUAAAGGAUCAGCCACUAUGGAAACAAAUUAAUAAGAAAUUUUGGUGGAAUGAACAUAUGCUUAAAAGUUUUAUAGAACUCGAGCUACAUGCUUGGAUAUUACCUGUAAUGCAAGGUUAUGUUCAAUCAGAGCAUUGUGAGAUUGAAGAUCGAGUAUUUGAUUUUAUAAUUAUUUCUCGAAGAAGUCGAGAAAGACCAGGUGUCAAUGAACAAGGAGCUGUAGCAAAUUUUGUUGAAACUGAACAAAUUCUUUCAAUUAAGGUAAUGAAUAGUAUUGCUUUGAUGUACCGUUGUAAAUGGGCGAUAAUUCAUGUAAAUUAUAAUACUACUUAUAGAUUGAUGAUACAAAUCAUGAUGUCUCAUUUUUACAAGUCCGUGGUUCAGUCCAAUGGAAGAGAAGCAAUUAUUGGUACUGCUUAUCGCGAAGCCAUUCAAAAUUUAGGAAAUAAAAAUAUUGACGCAUUAGCACGAGAAGUUUUGAACCUACAACUUCUUAGACUUGGUGUCUCAGAAUUCAUUGAUGGUGGUAUAUCACAUUAUGAAGAAUUUGAAAAUAUUUUUAAUGACGUUUGGGCAAAUAACGGUGAUUCUAUAAGUAGAGAAUAUGCGGGAACCAGUGCUUUGAAAGUUGUCAAUGAUGCAUCAAAUUCAUUGGCUAGAAUGUUUCAAAAUACAUUUAAAGAUUUCUUUAGACAGGCAACAAUCGAUUAUAUUCUUGGAAAUCAUUCAUUGGAUGUAUUUCAAGAAUUGCAGCAAAAGUUUGAAGCAUCACAACCUGGUGAUGCUGAGAGGUGGGCAAAAAUUAGAGCCAAUGCCAUUGACAUUAGCAGUUCAAUUGUUAUUGUUGAUAACGAAGAAAGAGUUGACGGGUGGACUUUUUUGUCACCAAGUGAACCAAGCACACUCAUGAGAAAUAACAAUAACUCUAAUGGUGUUCAAAAAAGUGUAGUUCCAUUAAAUAAAGCUGAUGUUACCGGAACUGGCACUAAUAUUCGUACUAAUAGCAGAACGGACUCUUUACUGAUGAGUCCUAAAAAUGACAAUGAAGAUAAAAGAUUUAUGGCUUUUAAAGCAUUUCGAAGUAAUUUAGUUGGCGAAGCGACAAAAUUUGAUGGUGGUGCAGGUGGGACACCUAAUAGUUUAAGCAAUAAAGAUGGUAAAGGAACUAAUGAAGCUAGAGCAGCUGAAAGAGUUACUAGCAAACAAGCCGUUAAUGAAGUUGUCGAUGAGCUUGUUAAAGCGUGUAGGGAUAUUGGAAACGCAGACGAUGGAUUUGUCAUUGAGAAACCAAUUAUAGG